UGGAAGGGAAAAGAGAGACAGGGGAAGCACCUUUUUGCCCCUGGGGACCUUUUCUUUCCUCGCCAUCUGUCUCGUUAGUUUUCCCCUCUCUUUCUCGUCAUGUCGGAGAACAACUGGCCAUGGUAUCACAGGAACUUGAGUCGUAUGGAAACAGAGCGCCUCCUCGUUGAGAGCAGAACUAAAGAUGGCUCCUUCCUUAUAAGACCAUCAGAGUCCAUGAAAGGAGCUUAUGUCUUAUCUCUUAUACAUCAACAACGGAUUCAUCAUUACAGGAUACUGCCCAAUGAUGACUCCAGUUUAUCUGUUCAGGCUCAAGAGGGAGUCCAGCAGAAGAGAUUCAUCUCGCUAGACGAAUUAGUAACAUUUUACAGUUUACCUAAGAGGGGGAUAGUUUGUGCCUUGACAACACCCAUCGAACCUCCUCAUGCUGUUGAAGAUGAUGACGACGAUGAUGAUGAUGAUCCAGAAUACGAUGAGCCUGAGGAAGAUCCACCGGAGACUAAAGGAAGCUCAGCAGUUACUAAAUAUCUCCUUGCAGCUUUAGCUAAAGUUGACCUCUCUCAAGUUGAUUAUGAAUUUGCUGAUCGUUUAAAGCAGUACCUAAAUGGUCCCGUCUCUAAUGAUAUAGAGCACAUGAACUCAGCUACUCCUGACCUUACUCACUUGAAACAAUUGUUUUGUAAAGAAGUUGAAAAAACACACAAGCAACUUGACAAGCUCUUGAGUCAGGUUGAUUGCCUCCAGAGUCUACUGGAUAGAGUUGGAGGAGCAAAGCAAACUAGUCAAACUCGUCGAUCAUCUCCACAAGACGUCACCUUUGACACGCUCAGUUAUAAACUGGGAGAUUGCUCUAGUGCUGUACAGAAACUGGAGACCACUGCAUUUUCAGCUUAUAAGGAUUUUGGUAUGAGAUUAACCGGCGGGGCUGACUGCGGGAAGAGUUCUCUCAAUCAGUCAUCAUCUUUUCAUGACAUGUCAGCAAUGCGUGAGGUUUUCUUUGACGUUAAAGUGGAAACACAGCUAGGAGGGAAAAAGAACGUUUGCUUAUGUGUGAGGCUAAUAGAGGGUCACUUAGUUGUUUCUAAACAAGGAGAACCAACCUCCGCUGGCACUGUGUAUCAACAUUAUCAAGUUACCCAGCUGAUCAAAUCCCGCUCGAAAGCUAAUAAACUUGGUGUACUUUUUGACGGAGGAACAAGGAAGGACUACACAUUCCCCGACAUGCAGACUCGCGAACACUUUUGUCAGCUAAUACAGACUAUCCGUAACAAGCACACGUCGUACGUGGACCCCGACUCAAUUACAGUGUUUGUUGGUUGCUGGAAUAUGGGUGAUAGUGCUCCACCCAGUGACAUUACCUCCUGGUUUAAAACAGAGGGAUGGGGACGGACUGGAGAGAAAGUGAUUGCUCACGACCUUUAUGCAAUUGGGACUCAAGAGACAUCAAUAGGAGAUAAGGAAUGGGUCGCAAAGCUCAAGCUAGUAUUAAAGCAAUUAGUUGAGACAGAGUAUGAGAAAGUCGCUGUUCAGACAUUGUGGGGGAUAAGACUGGUCAUACUAGUCAAACAAGAGCACUCUAAGAAACUGAGCCACGUGGAGCACUCACAGGUACGUACUGGUAUUGGUAACACUCUUGGUAACAAAGGAGGAGUGGGCAUAUCGUUUUUCUUUAAUAAUGUGUCCAUGGGUUUUAUUAAUGCCCACUUGACCUCUGGAACAGAGAAAUGUCACAGGCGUAAUCAGAACUAUCAUGAUAUAUUGAAGGGAAUGGUCCAACUGAAGCACAGAAACAUGAGUCAGUUUGACCUCACGCAUCAGUUCCAUCACCUUUUCUUUUUUGGUGACCUCAACUAUCGAGUGGAGCUUGACUCAGAGAAAAUUAUUGAGUAUGCAAGGAAGAGUGACAUACACAGGAUAUACUGCUCUGAUCAGCUAAGAGGAGAAAUUGAAAAGAAGAAAGUCUUUGUUGGAUUUGAGGAAGCUCCUAUAAUGUUCCCGCCCACGUAUCGUUUCAAGAAAGGAGAGAGACACAUGGGAAGUUAUGUGUAUAUAAAGAAGAAGAGAUCGGGUGACAGGAUAAAUGAGCCUUCGUUCUGUGAUCGGGUAUUAUGGAAGUCUUACCCUGGAUCAAAGAUAAUUAACACAACAUAUGGUUGUACUCAUAAUAUCACUACCAGUGAUCAUUCCCCUGUAUUUUCAACUUUCCAAAUUGGUGGCUUCAAGCAGUAUGCCUCUGAUAAAACUAGCACAAGUCGCUCCACCAACACAUUCAUUAUAUUGCAGAGUUGCAAUGCUAGAAUUUUUACUAGCAGUAGGACCAAUUUUUAUAUUGAGUUGCAAUCUGCAUGCUUUCAAGGUGUAGUUAAAACUGAGCAUAGCAAGGACUACACUGAAGCACAAGAUGGCACACUGUCAACUUGCUGGGAAGGAAAUGCUAGCGGCCCAUUGAUCCAAAUACCUCCACUCAUUACUGAUCAGGAAUAUUUGGAGCAGCAGUAUUUGCAAGUUAUGAUCAAAUCGAGCGAUAGUGAUGAGCCUUAUGCUGAGUGCUGUAUAGGAUUAGGUAGUGUUAUUAAUCCCAAGCCACAGAAGGUUGCAAGAGAGCUGAUCCAUCAAGGGCUCUCCGCUGGGGAUUUUGAGUGUGACAUACAUGUUACUAUGGAUCAAUAUAACAAGACAAGAUGUGAUCAAGACAAAGACAUAUAUGGUAACCUUGAUUUCAUUAGGCAAGAGCUUGAUAUGGACAUUAGACGAGGACCUGGUAUGCCUACGUCACCACGUCCACCCAGUUUAGGUGAAGACCAUCGUCCUCCUAUGCCAAUACCAAGAGCCGGUAGCCUUUCCUCUACUAACGCAAUUUCAACCGGUGCUUCAACUUUCUUCAGUAACUCUGUUCCUAAUCCCGACGGAUUUGAUAGCUUUAAUCGUCCACCAAUGCCCCUCCCAAGUAAUCAUCGCUCGGAUGCACAGCCUCACGUCUCCCGGAGGACAGGAGGGCCCACUCUUCCUACUCCUUUCUCUUCUCAACCCUCCAGACCUGCCCCUUUGUCUACUAGUAUGAGGCUACCACCUCCUCCUUCUUAUUCUUCCCUGGAUCACGAUAGCCCUCCUGUUCCUUCAAGAAGAAACAUUCAUACGCUAGCCACUAGUCGUCCCUCUGUUCCUUCUCGUGCUGUGACUCAGACUGCAUCUUUUGAUGGCUCCCACCAACAGCAUCUGGGUGGUCCAAGGCCACCUCCUCCAGUUAGCGUGAAACCUAAACCCCAGCCACCAGUUCCUAUGAAGAGAACAAAACUACCGGGAGACUCUCCGCCUUUACAGAGAGCUUCGGGCUCAAUAGAAGACAUUUUAGCAACUGCUCAUCUCCAGCGAUACGCACCAAAACUCAUGGAGAAUGGAUUCGACAGUGUAAAGUAUCUUCGUGAUAUUACGGAGUAUGACCUGAGAGAGAUAAAUAUACAAAAUGAUGGAGAUAUUAAAAGGCUUUUGAGCUUAUUCCAGUCAAUAUAGUACUAUACUUGCGAAACAAUGACUGCUGUAGAGUGACGCACACACUUACUAUUAUUAUUAUUAUCAUUAUUGUUAUCAUGAAAUUUAUGAUAGAAUCAUUAUUAUUAUUAUUGUUAUUAUCAAAAUCACAUUUUCACUAUUAUUUAAUCAGCUUUGACAUUGUUAUUUUUGAUAUAGAGCUUUGUGAGUUUUUUAAUUCUUAUAUUAUUUUUGACUUUUGAUAAAACAAUAUUGUUGUCAUUUUA